AUGUGUGAGCUGUUAACGCCAGCGAUCUCCGCAGUUACCGGAAUCGCAUCUCAUCGACUCUACUUCAAGCAUGGCGAGCACCACAUGCAAGCGACAUUCUACAUCCAAUGCUGGAUGCUCAUUACAGCAACGCUGUGGCUGGCAUUUACUGGACUCAACCUAAUUCGGAACCCCAGCGAAGCUGUGCCAGCCACGCGGACAACUAUUGCGAUCAAUGCCGCUUUCUUCGCUGGCCUCUAUGCGAGUGUUCUGAUCUACAGGACUGUCGAGCAUCCGCUUCACCACUUCCCCGGUCCCAAACUCGCAAAGGUUUCAAAGCUAUGGCACCUAGUGCAUGUCUUACGCAAACAGAACCAUGUCUUUCUGGAUGACUUGCACGGCAAGUACGGACGCAUUGUACGCACGGGACCCCAGGAGCUCACCGUGUUCGAUCCAGAUGUUUUCCGGGCCAUUAGUGGACCAGGCACAACUUGCAUCAAGGCUCCCUGGUAUGACAUGCUGCAUCCAUAUGUGGCCGUGAACUCAAUCCGCCCAAAGAAGGGCUAUGCUGCACGCCGCAAGCACUGGGACGAGGCCUUGGGCGUGUCCUCUGCAAAUGUUACUGCCAAAACAGAGCGAGUGCAGCAGCUCGUCCAGCAGUUUCUGGCCCAGCUGGACCAUGCUGCGGGCAAACCACUGAACGCAACAAAAUGGUUCUAUCACUUCGCCUUUGACGUCAUGGGAGAUGUCGCCUUCGGGCAGACGUUUUUCCUGAUCCCGAACCUCGCACGUAGCGGUACUGGCCAGGCCAGUAUAACCACGAAGAAAACAAGCAAGAAGCAGGAGGGUCACCUCGGCUCUCAACAGUCCGAAAGGAAUGGGAAGCCACUUGUUCCAGAGCCGCAUUUCGCUCCCGACUUGAUAUCGCAAGGCAUGUCAAUGCUGCGAUUCUUCACCCCCGUGCCAUGGCUAGGCCUCAUCAUCGCCGCCUCGGCGCCCUACGUUCCCUUCGUCUCUGACGUGUGGAACCGUGCUCUGGGCUGGGCGGGCGCAAUGUGCGAUGCUCGCCUGUCACGCGAGCAGGACCCUUAUCGUGGCCAGGACAAUCAGUCUAAUUCAAGUGCUCCGGAGCACAAGCCGGCUUGCGCUGAUCGAAGUCUAGCUGAGGACGCCUUCUCGCAAUUCAUCAGGUCGGCACGGAGUGAUCACCCCGAGGCCUCUUCCUCGUCGCUGAACCGCAACGCGUUGGUCGGUGACGUCUUUUCCAUUACGGUCGCAGGCAGCCACACCACUGCCCAGGUCCUGACAAUGCUCUUCUUCGAGCUCGCGCGGCGGCCAGGGAUUCAAGAAGUGCUGCGGCGAGAAGUCACAAGCUUUGCCGCAUCCGAGCGUGAUUUCCCCUCCACGAGCAACAUCAAAGAAACAACUUACCUGGACGGCUGCAUCAACGAAAGUCUCCGGCUGUAUCCGCCUGUGCCUUCCGGUGGAAUUCGACAGACCGUCGACAAAGGGGUGUAUAUUGGUGAUACCUGGAUACCGCCGUCCACGGUCAUUGUUGCGCCUCGGUGGACCAUUGGGAGAUUGGAGUCGGCCUUCGUCGACGCCAGCGAGUUCAUGCCCGAACGGUGGACCACGCGGCCGGAGCUGGUCAAGAACGCCCAAGCCUUCAACGCGUUCGCGACAGGCCGCCACGCCUGCCCGGGAAAACAAUUUGGUCUCCUUGAAAUCCGCCUCGUGGCGAGGAUGAUCCUGUCCAAGUUCCGUAUACGCAUGGCUCCCAGUGACGAUGGAGACAGUAGCGCUCCCGACUCGUAUCCCGUUGUGAAGGGUAUGGUUGAUGCUUUUACCGCCACGCCUGGAGACCUACGCGUGGUGUUUGAGAAACUUUGA